AUGUCCGAUUCCUUUAACCUCCCUCUUCGUCCCUUAACAGAGAAGCGCGAACGUCCAGAUCCGCUUCCGGUGGAGAUUGCUCAGAUUAAUGCCCAGUAUGGUUCCUUUCGCGAUGUCACCGAGGACAGCCUCCGGGCCAAGAUCGAAGCCGACAAAAACAAAGAUCCAUGGUCCGACGAAGAGGAAAACAAUAACACAUCUGCCGACGAGGAUACAACGGAGCGUUUAGAUCAACUGUAUAAGCGUCGGGCGGCUAUUACCCAAUUCGCCCACCAGGCCCAUAUGGAAGCCAUGUUCGCCCUCGACUUUGUCUCCCUUUUACUUUCCAAGCAUACUCCUCGGCAAGCCGAAAUGUCCAUGUCCGCAUACCUUAAACAAGUUGCGCCCCUCGGAUCGCUAAAUUCGGAAAUUGUCAAUCCACCGCCGAAGCCCGAGUCAGCGGCCAGAGACACCAAGAACGUUUCGCGUGGGUGGCGGCUGCAAAACUUUAACGCGGCGGCGAGCAAAUUACUCGACUCCGCGACCAGACUCGAAGCCGAAGUCACCUCGGAGACCAAGUAUUGGAAUGAAGUGCUGGCGGUGAAGGAAAAGGGAUGGAAGGUGUCUAGGCUUCCCCGGGAAAGACAGGCCCUUGGGGUGCAAUAUGGCUUUUUAGAAGCUACACCAAUCUUCCGCGACCGGGGCUUGGCAGCUCUGCGACGGACUAACGACGGAAGCUUGAUACUAGACAAAGGUUUAAUUCCACUCAAGGCGCGGACAGUGCGCGUGCGUGUGAGGAGUCGUGGCCAAAUCACAGGGUGCUCCAAACACCGACUGGCUUUGGAGAACACGGAGUCAAUUGAGAGUCGUAUCCUGCAGGCGCGUGAUACGGUAUACGAGGAGGAACUGUUUCAUGAACUGGUACGUGAGGCAAGAAUACUGGGCAGCCAGGGGGUCACGACACGUCAGAACCUAGUUCAGUUCCCAGUGUCGGAGGAGCAAGAGGUCUUGCUGGAUCUUAUCGAUGACGAUCAGAUGUCGCCUGGAGAUGAAGCAGUGUCUGAUGAACAUGCUGUGGUGGCAGACGCCCUUGGCCAUGCAAUCCGUAUCCUGCUCGCCUACGCCCAUCGCCAAAAUCUACGCCGAAGGACACAGCUUCCAUCUCCACUAACCCCCAAGCGCCGCCAAACCCCGGAAUACCAGCUCCUCCGACCGGUCAUGGCAUAUCUGCAGCAUAGCUCACAUGUGCGAUGGUUGGAGUCGUUGUUAAACGAUAUAAACCAAAUUUUGAAUUUGCAGCGUACCAUCAGUGGACUUCCAAAAGUAGAGGCUCUGGUCCAAGAGUUUUUGUUGCCCUACGAGUCGACAUUUUCUGCGCAAAUGGCCACCCCUCAAAGCUCAUUUCGGGUCAAGGUUCGCACCAACGUCACGACACCACCGCUCGGCACUCACUACGAAAUUUCAGUCAACAUGCCUCAGUAUCCCGAUGUCCGCCCGCCGAACCGCAUCGGCUUGCAGGAUGAGGCAGCCUCUGUACUCACGCAUUUCGUGCUGCUGGACAUCCUUACAGCCAUCACUCACGCCAAGGGCUUAUCCGUAAAUGGUGUCAAGCAAGAGACAGGUAAACUGUUGACUUGGCAAGCAGCGUAUCCACAUAAUGGCGAGUUACUCGCCCUCUCUAGCGCCGGCCAGUGCAAGAAAAUGAAAGUGAGCUUAUCGCGACAUGAGCUAAGUGUGCGAACAUACUCCAUGCGGGGAAUUGAUGGGUUUGGCAAACCGGCUGCGGAAAAAACGCCGGCCAUGCGCUCGCAGACAUGGACGUCCGAUGGCACUCCCGGCCAGCCUAGCCUGAUGGACUUUAUCGCUGAAGUAUCCAAGGAGUAA